AUGCGACAAGGAAAUGUUCCAACAGUUAUUAUUAAUAGAGCUGGGCCUGGAGGACUUACUCUUUAUCAUGAUCUAAUGAAAAAUAAGAUUAAGAAAGAAUUUAAUGUAAAAAUCUUUAAUGUGAAACUAGUCCUAAGUCGCCUCAAACCUUCAAUAGCUAUAAUAAAUCCAAUUCCAAAUGCUGAAUUUCACGGAAUUACAAUCGCCGAUCAUCUAGGAAAUUUUAUGUUCAAACCUCCUAAUAAACAAGUUAAAGAAGUUUAUGAACUGUCGAAAAUCACUGACGAAUAUUGUGCUCUUAUUUUUUACCGUGAUAGGCUUAGAAAUGUAUUACUAGAAGAUGUACCAGUUCAAUGGGGGGAGUUGGUUCUUCUAAAUGAUCCAAAUGAUCCAGAAAAAUACUUGUUUAAAACCUAUAAUCCAUUCAAACGAAGAAAUUGCGAGAUAUUGACCCAUUGUCCGUUAAACCUUGGAAAAGUAGUCGAGUUGCAUUAUUUGGAGAAGCUUGCUCACGCAAUGAGCCCUGUACUUGGAUUAGGAACUAAUAAUGCAAUUGAAGAUGCUUAUGUUCUCUCUCAGGCAUUAAUUAAUUAUUCUUCGGAAAAUUAUAUUUUCUGUAUCCAAGAAUAUGAAAAGGAAAUGCUAAAACGCACAUCCGCUUAUGUUUUAAAUUCUAGGUCCAACGCACUCAGAAUAUCAACACCUGUUGGAUAUUUUUACCUUAUUAUAGAAAUAGUAAUAUUAAGAUUGUGA